CCGUGAAGUUCCCAUGGUUGUUGUCUGACCACCAUGUCGAGCAGAGCAGGUGGCCUGUACGGUGGUAUCCAAUUCUCUACUGGCGCAACCUUUAGCCUUUCUUCAUCAUCUACAUCUGCUUCGCCUGCAACACCAACACCUGCAAUCAAAGUAGAGAAAGUCGAAACUCCCGCAGCUCCAGAGGCUAUUUCAGCACCAGCAUCAAGUAAUACAGGCAAUGAUGGAACCAAGGCAGAGGAUGGAAGUAUUGGAGGAACAGAGUCUGGGUCUGUAGGAAAGCUUUCAGCCGGGUGGUCCGCUGCGCUUGCGUUUGCCCCCGUCCGUCGUGCACCAGCAAAACCCAAGCCCGCUUUAACUCGCCUUCCCAUGGGUGCCAAGGCCCUGCCCACUCCUGCAACAACUACAAUUUCCGCUGCCACGCCAGCUUCGGGCCUCUCCGCAACAGCCGUCGUCUUCGCUCCGCCGGAACUGGUAACUACGGAUCAACAAGAAGAAGUCAAAGACAACACCGCCCAGAAGGACUCCACUUGGCGCAAAAAGGAAGGCUGGGGCAAGAAAGUCAAACCUCCAUCCAUGAUACUUGAUGAAGAUAUCAAUGGCUUCAAGGCUCAGCACAAACGCAGGGCUGGUGGUGGAGGCGGUGGGAGGAAGGGGAAGAAGAAUAAGAAUGCCCCAGUUGUGGCGAUAUGGGAUCCGUUGGAGCCUUACGACACUCUCAAGCCAAAUGACUACAACGAAUAUAAAAUAUGGAAGCAACGUGACCGCGUCGAGCGGGCAUCUGAACGUGCGGCUGAAAGGAAGCGUGCUCGUGAGGCUCUCGACAGAGGAAGUGAUCACACAGGUAGCGACAGUGAAAGCGAACGCCCAAAAAAGAGUGGGAGAUUUGACAAUGGGUCUUUCGACAAAUGGUCUCGUGCGGAUGACGAACGUCCCCGUGGGCUUGGUGCCUCCGAUACUCCCGCAGUUCAUGUGGAUCGCAAUAUGUCAGGAGAAGAGGCCUUUCAGCGGCGACUUGCGAUGUCUGCUGGUGCUGCCGCUCGAGUACCGUCACCGACUCCUGUGCCUGUCGAUCAUAGCUUAUCAGGUGAGGAGGCCUAUCAGCGCCGCCUUGCCAUGGCCUCGGGGGGUAACCGCACGCCCGCGUUCUCUGCAUCUGCUUCCCCUCCUCAUCAACCGUCACCGGGCGGCGCCGACGAUGAGGAAAGUAUCCCUGGACUGUCAUCGAAUACUCCGCCGUCUGUUUCCCAGAACCGUGACGAAACAGGGGAAGAGGCAUAUCUACGCCGGCUAGCAAUGUCAUCGAAGCUCCGUCCUACAGCUUCGCCUUUCGAGCCAUCAAGCCGACCACUCGCUCCCGUAAUGCAGCCAGCACAACUGGUGAUCCCCGUGCCUCCAACGCGUUCUCCCCCUCCGUUGGCAUACAACCCCUUUGCACCGCCGACGAAUAUUCCACCGCCACCACCUCCCCCAUCAUCUCAAAUACCAGUUGCGCUUGAAGACAAGGUCAAGGCUGCUGCAAGUAUCGCAGCACGCCUUAGUGCGCUUGCCGCGACUGCAGGACAAGGAUCAAGUCUACCUGGCCCACCACCGCAAGAAGACGCUCAAACACGUACUGACCCAGAGGGUUUUGCAGCUCGUUUGAUGGCUAAGUGGGGGCACAAGGAAGGUCAAGGUUUGGGUGCCGAUGGGAGCGGUAUUGUAAAUGCUCUCACGGUCGAGCAAGUCGCUACCCAAGGCAAAGGCAAGAAGGGUCAAAAUCAAACGCAGGGUCAAGGCAAAGUCAAACUAGCUAUGGGCUCAAAGAUGGGUCGGAUCAUCAAUGACAACGAGGAUGCGAAGGGUCGUGAAGACCGUUUAAGGUUUGGGGAGUCCAGUCGUGUGGUGGUACUAACCAAUAUGGUUGGACCGGAAGAUGUGGACGAUGGCGAUUUGAGAGAUGAAAUUGGUGAGGAGUGUUCGAAGAAUGGAACCGUCGAGCGAGUUAUUGUACAUCUGACUCAACCUCCGCCGGCGGACCCAGAGGAAUCUGUCCGCAUAUUUGUAUUGUUUGCUGGCCCCUCUGGUGCGUGGAAGACCGUCAGGGAGUUGGAUGGCAGGUACUUUGGAGGGAGGGCUGUGAGGGCAAGAUACUUUUCGGAAGCUGCUUUCUCCCAGCAUGACUUGGAUGUUCCAAUUGCUUAGCUAUUGGAUUGGCGUAGUUGGUUGAUGUUUGGUUUAUUAAAAUAUUUGAACUUGCCCUGAUGAUAUGA